UGCGCAGGUUGUUUGUGCGCUCAGGUGUUCUUCAGUCACUUCUGCUGUGAGCGGGGAAACAUGGGGAAAGUUCAGGAGUUUGAGAUCACGUUUAAAAAGAACAAAGAGGUGUACACUCCGGGCGAGUCCAUCUCCGGAACCGUGACAUUCAAACUGGGCCAGCCGCUGCAGUGUAAAGCCAUCAAAGUGAACUGCAACGGUUUCUGUGGCAUCACCAGUAAGGUCAAUGACACCGCAUGGACUGAGGAGGAGCAGUACUUCAACAGCACCAUCUCUGUUGCAGAUAAAGGAACCAUGAAACAGGGAGAACACACUUUCCCCUUCAAGUUCCUCAUACCAGGUAGGAGCGUGGAGUGAUGGGAUGAACACUUGUCCCUGCACAUUCUUGUGUGUGUGUGUGUGUGUGUGUGUGUUGACAGGCAUGUUGAUAUUUACUCUACUGGUCUUGUGGUUCAGCAGCCGGGAGGAUGGGGCUCUUAUCCCAUCAUUCACUGGGCUUAUGAGUGUUGUGUAAAAUAUUGCACUAAAGUAAACCAGCCAAAGUUAUUAUGCAGAGGCAGUACUUUGAAUUUGACAAUUUUAGAUCAACAUUCAAAUCGCAACACCUAAAAGCUGCUCUAAUCAAUAUAACAGUGGAUCCAAUGACCAUGUGUAAUAUAAGUGAGGUCACUUAUUUGAAAUAACCGACAGGCAAUGAUCACCACUCCGCAGUUCCUCUCAUCUGUGAGGAACAUUUUAGUCUUUGUCAGCUCAUUGUUUUGGUUUAAGGAGACACAGUUGAACUGUUUUGCUCUCAUUAGCAGCAGCUGUAUUCAGGGUAAAGCUUUGAUAAAGCUACUGUACACUACGUCUUCCGCAUCAAACUGCAGACAGACAGUUGGAUACUAGCUGGGGAACAUAGUGGAGUAUCUUGUAGCUAAAAAGUCAUUUUCUCUCAGGAGUUGGUGGAGACCAAAACGGCUUCUAAUGAAUGCUUGUGUUAAUCUGUGUCUGCUGGAUGUAAAUGGAUUUGUACUCCUAUAGUGCCUUUUUAGUCAUACAACCACUGAAGUGCUGGGUCAUUCACCCAUUCACACCCAUUCAUACACUGAUGACAGGGGCAGCCAUGCAAGGUGCCACCUGCCCAUCAGGACUAACAUUCAUACACCGCAGGCACAGCCUACGGAAGUGUUGACAAAGCCAUCCCUCUGGGUGUUUUUUGGAUGCCAUCCCUGAAGUACACAAACAGCUGUUCAGCGUGGCUGAUGGGGACCGUACGUUCAACAUAACAUGCUAAUGCACAAACUGGGAAUCGCAGAUUUAACUUCCCUCCCUGUCCCCCACAUGGGGUGGAAGAUGAAAAGCAUCCAGCAGUAUAACCUUCAGCCUGAAAGGACUCCUCACGUUCUUGGGUACAAUGUAGGGGUUUGAUCUGAGGGUAACCUCGCAAGCAAUUGGCCGACUAAACCAAUUCCACUAACUUCAUGGUUGAUGGUUAACAAACCGAAUGUCUUGCGGACAUACACUGGUAAAACCCUCUCUUUCUGUCGUGAAUGGGGACGAAAGACACAGCUUGCUUCUGUAACAGGUCCUGGAUUUCUGCUGGAUAAGCAGAGGAUGAGCGCUGUAGAACUGGAGAAAAUAAACCAGUCUCGGUGCCCUAUCCAUCCCUUCUGUUAACACGCAGCUGCAUUGCCACUACUCGUAAAACUGUAUUCGAGGACGAGCGACGAGCUGUGGGACAUCCCGCCCUAGUUUUCAUCACUAGCAGGAUGUCCCCACGGAGAGAUGUUGGCGGUGGACUUGGGAUGCUGAUGUUGUGGAUACUGAUGACAUAUUGUCAUCAUCAUUAUUUGCAGACGAAGCCGAUGUCUUGGCAGGGAUGACCGGAGGCAGUGGCCAAGCGUUGUGGUUGGGGUGAGGAUCUCUACCUUGUCUGUCUCGGGCUCUGGCUCGCUCUCAUCACAGCAAAGCGUCUGAAAUGAUCCUUCUGCUUCUGGCAUCGAAUCUUGGGCAACGCUCUUCAGACUUGGCAGGUCGGUGGCUGCUGAACACUCUGUGUGGUGUAUGCUAAGGCACCCCAAGCAGGCAUGAAGAUCUGUCCGAGCUGUGAGGCCGGGACAUGACGGGCACUGAUGAGGUUUUGCCGAUGACUCCAUUUGCAGAGAUGAGCAGUCAGUGGGCAGAUUGCCUUUCACUGAAGAGAAGCAGAGGGGUGUGCUGACUUAUUUACUGUGGAGUCCGCAUGUGAUCACGUAGACACGUCCUGAUUGGCCGGUUUGGCUUAUGCAGAUUUUCAGUGGGCAAAUGCGUGCUUGUGAUUGGAGGAGAGUAACAUAGAGGUGCCGCCCCCUUGCCGACGACUCUGGUUAUACUUCUGAUGCGUUUUUAUUGUUUUCGAUACCUUCUGAUUCAUGAUCAUCAGCGUGAUCAAACUUUGACGACGAGAACACUUAACAAUCGCACUUUUGCCUCCUGUGGCUUUGUUGCAUUGUUUGGAGAGCCGCUCAAACACUUCGGGAGCGAACCAGGCCCACUUUUCAUCACCUAUAGUCGGCAAGAGCUUCUUCAGCUGCGGCCUCCUACGUCAGGUGGACAGGAUGUGGACUUUGAUUGGUCGGAUACCGAGCCCAGGACCAGGAAGAGAGGCCGCAGAGCUGGGGUCCAGAUCAGGAACAGUCGGCGGGGGUACAAACCUGUGCUACACUCCACUAUGAUGGGGAAUGUCCGCUCCUUGGCUAAUAAGGUGGAUGAGUUUUCAGCCUACUUGAGAUACGAUUCCCACAGAGCAACCUGCUGUGUUUUACAGAGACCUGUCUGUCUGACAGGAUACCAGAGUCCCGUGUGAAAAUAGAGUUUUCAUUCCCUGUAAACAAAUAUAAAUAUCCCCCAAUAAUAUACCGUGGGUGACAAGGGAAGGGCUAUUAAUAGGGAAGAAAACUGCUUUAGGAAGUGCUUUAUGGAAGCACUUCCUGUAACAGACUUGACCUUUACUGUUUUAGAGACACAAAACAGGAUCCAUUAUUAAAAGUGAUCUGAAGUAGCAUUUGAAUAAAAGAGGUAAGGGGCGUGUCCCUUAUGCCAACGUUUCUCCUCAAGAUUUCCAUCCACCACCUCCACCACAACCCAUCACCUGAUGCCUACGUCAGCAACAGUUUGUUCCACUUAUUCAUUCCACGGCACUCUCUGUCAUCAGCGAACCUCUGACUCUUAAACAACAGUGAGAUCAUUCUGAUUGUGGUGAAACAGGAGUUUGUCAUUCUAAUGUAAUAUGUUCUCAUAGUUGGUUAAAGAUGAUAUCGUUCAAUGGAUCACGAGAAAGCAUUUCUGUGUCUUUUGGUAAUAACAUUCGUACCUCGUGAUGUGUAAUAACUUCCAUAAAUAUGUUUGUACAAAUCUGUCCACUUUGAGUUUCUUAUCAUAAACCAUUUCAGAAUUGUAUUAUUUUUGUGGCUUUUUUGUCACAUCCUGAUCUUUGGUGAACAUCAUGAACACACACCGUGUCCCUCACCUCCUGUCUGCACGUCGUUGCCAUGGUGAUUCUGUGUGUUUAGACUUUGUUCGUGACUCACUUACCAGGUGAAGCCUCGUUAGUGUGACAAGAAGCACAACAGAAACUCAAAAGCAACCCGACCGGUUAUUCCACUGUUGAGAAUCUCAAUCUGUCUCAGAUCUGAACUACGUGUGCUUUCACUGUGCAGGUGCAUCAGGACACGCUCUACACACAUGGUUGUUUUAAGAUUAUUUGUUUGGCAUUUCUGCCGUUAUUUGACAGUGUGGAUACCCAGACUAGAGAGAGAGGAGAACGUCAUCAAACAAUGGUCACAAGGCUGGAAUUGAUCCAUGAUGUUGGAGUUAAAUGGCUGCUGUCACUGCCUUGCUGACAAGGCAGUCUAAGUCUUGUCUUUUUCAUGUUCACGUUCAGUUUAUAGAAA